AUGGAAAGACCACUUUGGUUUCGCUGGCUUAGAGUCUACGCUUUCGGCGGUGCCAUCAUUGCCACAGGGUGUAUACUAUUUAAAUACACCACUCCAUCGGACGAAGAGCUCAUAAAAGCACUAUCACCAGAACUGAGACUCCAGUUCGAGAGAGAACGCCAGUUGCGUCAGGCUGAACAGCAGGAACUCAUGAAGAUCGUGCAAGAAACCGCCAAAAGCCAAGAUCCCAUCUGGAGAACUGGGUCUAUCGAUUCCCCUUUUGAAAGAAACAACAGUCAACAAUCGCGGGAACAGUUUCAACGUGUGAAAGCAGAGGAGAUCCAACGGGAAGAGUUGCAGCGUGUUAGACAGGAACUGCAACAGAUGAGACAAGAAACCAGUGAAAAAACAAGGAAAAGUUUGCCCACAACCAAUUGGUGGAAAUUCUGGUAA